UAACCUUAUUCCUUGUCACCUGAUUUUGCUCAUUCUCACUUCACCUAACCGGCCUAGCACAAACUGCUGGUAGAAAUACACGGUCGGUAGUUCCUUGGCCAGUGUGUUUCGUCUUAGUUCCAGUAAUCCAGUCAAGAAGGAGCGCGCACGGAAUUUUCAUAUCGUUCCACCCUCGCUUGAACUUGAACUGGCUUAUCCACUGUCUGAUAUUCCCGAUUGCAGUUUACAGGGCCUUCUCGUGAUGAUUUGGCAAAAGGUGAGAUUGAUAAUACUCAUUUAGAGUGCAGUUGCUUACUCUUUCUUGUUUUGUCUCCGGUUUCGUCGAUCUUGUUCUCUUCCGUGCUUAGCGUUUUCGGUUCAACUACUUACUGUUUGGUUGUCUUAAUGACAUCUAGCCGCUUACGGCAUAAAUGUUUUGCCUUACAGUCUCACAAGUCCACUACGACGUACUUUGCGCGCUGGACACGGAAGAACUCAAAAUCCCGAACCGGGCUCAUAAUACACCCUCUGCCAUGAGCUUGGACCUUUCCGUGCGAUCAUUGGCUGAUGAUGUUUCAGUUACCCUCAACUUUUCAAACCAUUCCGCCUGGAAAUCCCUAUUGCUUUGGUGUGACUAUGAGCGUGACCAGUCCCGCACCACUGGAUCCCGAAGAUUCGCUCACCUCUACCAAUUUGUCUGUGUUCAUCCCGACUGAACAAUACAUGCGUUCCGAUAAUACUGACACUAUCCGAAUCACGAUUAGACUACCAAUUCGGACAUUGGCCGACCUAUGCAAGCGCACUGUGAAAUCCAUCUUUACCCCUGAUUACAUCAGACAAUUGGAUUUGCCCCAACUCGUCAUAAAUAAUCUCGUCCAACCCAUGGUGGUUCCUUGGGAUCGUCUGGCCACGAACCGUUCAUGAAAAAACGCCCCCACUCCUUCAUUGUAUCAUAUGCUCACGCUGUUCGCUUAUCAUAUCUUGCUCUUUUGCUGCCCGUAUUUCGUCUUAUUCACCUGACUCUGCUUCCAUUCAGGAGAUAUCAAU